AUGGCGGCCGGUAAACCAAAGGUGGUGGCCAUCUCAUCGCCCAAAUGGGCCGGCGAGGACUACCUGAAGGAGUUUGAGAAAAAGUUCGAAGUCCAUGUGGUCACACCGGGCGACAGGAAAACGACGAUCAAAAACCUGGCCGACAAGGUCAAGUCGGAUGGCCCCUUUGAUGCCAUCCUGAUCCUUAUGGGGAUAGGGGCAUAUGAGCCAUUCGACGAGGAAAUCCUCAAGCCGCUGACGCCUCAUCUCAAGAUCAUGGGCUCCGCCAGCGCCGGCUACAACGAGUUCGACGUGGACUGGAUGACUCGCAACGGCAUCUUAUUCUGCAAUAGCCGCAAUGCAGUCAACGACGCGACGGCCGAUAUGGCCAUCUUGAUGAUCCUGUCGAUCUUGCGAGACGUGCAAGGCCGAGCAAGCAGCAUCGCCAAGGGCACCUGGAGAGGCAUGACGAAUGGAGUUCUGGUGCCCACCAAAGAUCCCAGUGGAAUGAAGCUGGGGAUCAUCGGUAUGGGAGCCGUUGGCAAGCACGUGGCGCGCAAGGCGAAAUGCUUCGGCAUGAAGGUCAUCUAUUACCAAAGGACACGGUUAGAGCCUGAGGACGAGGCUGCUUACGACGCAACCUACUGCUCCUCGCUGGACGAGCUGCUGUCCGAAGCCGACAUAAUCUCGCCUCAUUUCCCCCUCAACGAAAAGACCAAAGGCAUGCUCUCGCACGAGCAGUUCGCCAAAAUGAAGGACGGAGUCUUCUUGAUCAACACUUGCCGCGGGCCAGUGAUUGACGAGGACGCUCUGAUCAAGGCGUUGGAGAGUGGAAAGGUCACCAGGGCUGGCCUCGACGUGUUCCACAACGAGCCCAACAUCAACCCUUACUUCAUCAGAAACGAUCGAGUCAUGAUCCAACCUCACAUGGGCGGUCUCACAGACGUCUCGUGGCAGCGAAGUUACAGAGAAGCCAUGGAGAACGUGAGGUCGUUUUUCGAAACGGGUAAAGCCAUCUCUCCGGUGAAUGCAGACAAGAUCCAGCGUCUGGCUCAAGGAGCUGCACUGUAG